AUGGUUAAUACGAUUAUCCCCGGGGCCCCGCGCCACAAGUACAACCUCCGUGGCGCAAAGCCCCUCUUCGCAUCUGAGGAUGGCGUUAUUACCAAGGUUACCAAGAAGGACUUUCCGAUCCUCAAGAACUUGGCUAUGGAACGAAUUGUGCUUGCGCCAGGAGCCAUUCGGGAGCCACACUGGCACGUCAACGCCAAUGAGAUGACCUACCUGCUCCAGGGCAAGAUCCAAGUCUCAAUCCUUGACAGCGGGACCAAGAUGUCGACCUUCACCAUGGAUGCGGGCGAGAUGUUUCACAUAGAGGCUGGCUCUCUGCAUGUCUUUGAGAACGUCGGUGACGAGGAGGCGGAGUUGAUCAUCUGCUUCCGCCACGAGGAACCCGAGGACUUCUUCCUGGGCGCAUCGUCCGGUGCAUUCACCGACGCUGUCAUGGCCAACACCUAUGACUUUGACGAGAAGGUGUUCAAAAACAUCUCGCGUACCACGCAGCCACGCCACAUCUUCAAGCGUCACCCUUCCUCCAAGCCAGCCAGGGCCACUAUUCCAACUACAGCCCACUUCCCAGAUUCCCACCGCUUCGACAUCGAGGGCCAGCAACCGCCCACAGCUGCGCCGGGCGUCGGAUCUGCGAAAAAGGCUCGUAGCCAGUUCUGGCCCGCCCUGAAGAACAUGGCCAUGUACUCUCUUACUGUCGAGGACAGUGGCAUGCGCGAGCCACACUGGCACCCCGACACCGUGGAAAUGGGCUACGUGCACAAGGGUCGUGCCAGGAUGAGCAUCAUGGACCCCGAUGGCUCCGUCGACACAUACUACCUCGAGCCUGGAGAAUGCUACUUCCUCCCCGCCGCAUACCCGCAUCAGAUCGAGUCUCUCGAGUCCGACAUUCACUUCCUCAUCUUCUUCGAUAACCCCAUGCCCAAGGAUGUAGGUUUCCGGAGCGCUGGUGUUGCCAUACCGAGGGAAUUGAUGGCUGCGACCUUUGGUGUGAAAGACACUGAUUUCCCUGAAUUUCCAUUUGAGGCUGAGGACCCCCUAUUGGUUGCCAAGAAAAACGCAAUCGACCCUAUCAAGUCCAAGCUUUAG